AAUUGACGGAUGGGAUGUAAUUUACGAUUAAUGUUGUGUUGUGAUUUACAGGAGCUGCAGAAGGCCAAAGCAGAGAGAGAACGAGGAGGCGGCUCACCUUACCUGAAGGGCAUCGACUCCCCCCGCCUCCACCACCUCAGGGGCUCAGACUCUCCUCACUCCAGCAGGUCGUCUGGAUCUCCGAGGAGCAGGAGCAGCGACUCUCCUCGCCUGAGGGGCAAAGACUCUCCCCGUCUGAGAGGAAGAGAGUCUCCUCGAUCCAAAGCCAAGAAGAAUCGCUCCAAAGGGGCUGACUCCCCUCGAACCAGAGGAUCCCAUUCGCCCGCCACGAAAGCAAACGACUCUCCUCGACUGAAAGAUUUGCCUCGUCUGACCGACUCCCCUCGGACAAAGAGCUCCGACACGGUCCGUUCACCAAAACUCAAGGGACCGCCUUGCUCCUCUUGUCCCAGCAAGGAGGACGACUCUCCUGUCCAGAAGUCACCUGAAUCACCUCCCAGCGUCGGAGGAUCCGACUCCUCUCAGGUCAAAGGUUCCGAUUCAUUACGAGGGAGUGAAACGGACUCUCUGCGUCGGGCGAGCAGCAAGGAGUCGCCGUCUCCGAGUCAGAAGAACUCCCCGAGCUUUUCCGGAUCCUUCGAGUCACCGGCGUCCAAAACCCCCGACAAACACCGCCUGUCUCCACCUCCACCCUCCUCACCGCCCUCCCUGCUGUCGGAGGACGACCUGGAGGUGGAUCGGAGGCGCGAAGAGGCCGAGCGCCUCCUGGAGGAGGCCGUGUCGUCGUGGAAGGAGGCGCAGGAGGUCCUGCAGGAGGUGAAGGAGCUGCAGAGCCAGACACUGCGGCGGCAGCGCAGGAGGACCUACGAAAAGAUGGCGUUGACGGUGGCGGCGGCUGGGUUGCCCAAGGCAACCAUGGCAGCAGACGAGGAGGACACGCCCACAUCGCCGACGUCACCCGAAAAGGACGAGUCCGAGAUGCCGUGAUGAGCAUCUCUUCCGACAUAUAUUCAUUGAAUUGAAUUUUCUCACUGAAAAGUAGCAGCGUUUGCAAGCAUGCUCACACGCAAAACAAACUUUUUUAUCCUGUUCCUCAAAUGUUUUCAGCUUGCAGCGGCGGGACGCUCGGAAACACUGAAGAAGAAUGAGGAAUUGUUUUGACACCAGCGAUGUUCCCGGGAGGUUUGGUAACUUUAAUCCUCCACGGUGCACUAGACCGUCACCAGACGCCCUCUCACUGCUGCUCCUCUUGUUCUACGUCUCUUUGUGUGACGGAGGCGUCACAUUUAAUCUGAGUUAAUGGUUUAAUGGAGAGGCACCAGCUUCUCCAACAGUGCUGCACGUUUCUUCUUCUUUGUCUUUUAUCGCUGAAGGUGAAGUGAAGCGCCUCUCUGUUUACUCCAAAGACGACGACUUCAUGUGAGACCUUCAGGGUUUCACUUAAAAAGAGACUUUUGUUCUCAAGCAAAGAUGUCAACGUUUAUACGAUGAUGAGCUUUUUUCAAUAAGACACAAACAUGAAGGCACUGAAGAGCACUACGUCUCCUACCAGCACAGUGAUUAUUAAGACCCAAUAUCUGUUUCCUACUUGAUUUAUAUAUUAAUAUAUUACGUCUUCCUGUCUGACAUUCUGUUGAUGAUCUUAUGAAUCGUAGCGUCAUUAAUCUCUCCUCUGGCUCUGUUGACAU